AUGAAGAAAACUUUUGCAGAAAACGUCUAUCAGGAUCCACACCAACACAUGAUGUCGCACAUUCAGUCGGCUCCCUCGUUUCGCGAUCAAGACGACGGUGGACCGUCACUUUUGCAAACGAACUCCAUGCAUCCCGGCUUUAGAAAAUCAUCUCAUUGCGUGCAAGGGAACGCUGCGCUUAGUCAGCAGCAGAGACGAUCAUCUCAAGGUUCAAGUUCAUCGUCUAGCGGACCGUGCAAUGUGUAUUCUCAGCAGCAAACGGCAAGCCCAUCUCGUAUCGCUCCCGGUCCUCCUUCAGCUCCUCCAGCUCCACCCGUUCCCAUCUCAACGUCGUCCUGUCCUCCUGCUGCGCCUCCACCACCACCAGCAAGUGGUGCUCCUCCACCACCUCCUCCACCUCCACCAAAUCUUUUGAAAAGCGAUGCUUCUCGAGGAGUAAGCCUUGUGGAUCAGCUUCAGAGGUGCACAACUGAAGAAGACAGGUGCAGCAAAGGAAACCACGUUCAGUCUCCAUCGCAGAUCCAUCUUCGGUUUCAGGCGCUAGUAGUGUGGCUGGAUCCUCUCAUGGUGAUCUUCUGUCGGAACUUCGCCGCUACAUUCAACAGAAAAAAGAUUACCCAGGCAAAAGCGGAUGCGGCCGACUCGAAAUCCAACGCCAGCAACGGUUCAUCGGAUAGCGGAUGUGGGACAAUCCCACCUGUCAAUGGUUUUGCUGCGCCAAAUACUGGAAAUGUGCCGCGCAAAUGGGAACCUGUGAAAACAAAUGGGAGUACCGAAAGUCCUAAAACUCACAGAAAAGUUCCGUCGGGAUCCUCGAUUUCCUCGCAAGAAGAGGUGAAGGCGAAUGGAACGUUAGUGGCAGGAGCAGUGAUAACUCCAGAAUUUCUCGAAAGGUUCAAGGCCGACCUCAUGGUGGAGAUGCGUCUAGAAAUUAAUAAAGCGAAGCAGGACAUCAUCGAGGCGUUCCGACUCGAACUAGCUCGUCGAUAG